UUUUCCCGCGUUGGGCAAAGAGUCACUCUGCUCCGAUUUCCUCCAGUCUGCCGCACUCACCUCCUCUUCCUAGCCAAAGCCGGUCAGGUUGAAGCUCUCCGCCAUUUUUGCUUUAAUCCGUUUCGCGCCACAAUUUUUUUCUUUUCCCCUCUGUCAAUUCAUCCUCACCUCGCUUCCUCUCUGCCCAUUGUUCUUUUAUCAAUUAAAGAACAACUGGAAUUGGGCAUUGGUUGUUUUCGCUGGCACACACUCACCUCCUUGUGCUGCCCCAACGAGAUUUCUCUUCUCCCCGCGCCCUCACAGGCCUCAAUUCCCGAUAUUUCAUCGGUUGAACAAACAGAAAGCCCUCGAACUCCGUCGUAGGCAUGCCUUUCGCCAUCUCCUCCACCAUUGCGGGCAGAGCACCGGCUCUGCUCCGUCAUGGCCGCCGCAUUCCUCAGUCCCUCUCCUCCAGAUCCUUCUCCUCCGCGGCCAUCAAUGCCUCCGUCAGACCAUCUCUUAGACUCAACCAGUCGAAACGACUCGGCACCGUCACAAUCCUCCGAUCUUACAGCGCCGCCGUCCAGGAAGCGCCCAAUCCCAAGGCCUACCUUGACAGCGGUGUCAUUAAGCCCAAGGAGCACGUAGAUGUGAAAAAGGUGCUCGUCAUUGGUAGUGGUGGUCUUGCCAUUGGCCAGGCUGGUGAAUUCGAUUACUCUGGUGCCCAGGCUCUUAAGGCUCUGAAGGAGGCCGGUGUUGCCUCUGUUCUCAUCAACCCCAACAUUGCCACUAUCCAGACCAACCACUCUCUUGCUGACGAGGUCUACUACCUUCCCGUCACCCCCGAAUAUGUUUCCUACGUCAUUGAGCGAGAAAAGCCCGAUGGCGUCUUCCUCUCUUUUGGUGGACAGACUGCCCUCAACUUGGGUGUGCAGAUGGAGCGAUUAGGCCUCUGGGAAAAGUACGGUGUCAAGGUUCUCGGCACCAGUGUCCGAACCCUCGAGCUCUCCGAGGAUCGUGACCUGUUCGCCAAGGCUCUUGAAGAGAUUAACAUUCCCAUUGCCAAGUCUAUUGCCGUCGGGACCAUUGACGAGGCCCUCGAUGCCGCCGAAAAGGUCGGCUACCCAAUUAUUGUCCGUGCCGCCUACGCUCUGGGUGGUCUCGGCUCCGGCUUCGCCAACAACGAAGAAGAGCUCAGAAACAUGGCGGCGCGAUCGCUUACGCUCUCGCCCCAAAUUCUCGUCGAAAAGUCCCUCAAGGGCUGGAAGGAGCUCGAGUACGAAGUCGUCCGUGACGCAAACAACAACUGUAUCACAGUCUGCAACAUGGAGAACUUUGACCCUCUCGGCAUCCAUACCGGUGACUCCAUUGUCGUUGCCCCCAGUCAGACCCUGAGCGAUGAGGAGUACCACAUGCUCCGAUCCGCCGCCAUCAAGAUCGUUCGACAUCUUGGCGUUGUCGGCGAGUGCAACGUUCAGUACGCGCUCCAGCCCGACGGCCUCGACUACCGUGUCAUUGAGGUCAACGCCCGUCUCUCCCGAUCCUCGGCCCUGGCCUCCAAGGCCACCGGCUACCCCAAAACCUACACAGCCGCCAAAAUUGGUCUCGGCCACAGCUUGCCUGAGCUGCCCAACGCCGUGACCAAGACCACCACCGCCAACUUUGAGCCCUCGCUCGACUACAUCGUCACCAAGAUGCCCCGAUGGGAUCUCGCCAAGUUCCAGCACGUUAAGCGCGACAUUGGCAGUGCCAUGAAGUCUGUCGGUGAGGUCAUGGCCAUCGGCCGUACCUUUGAAGAGUCCUUCCAAAAGGCCAUCCGUCAGGUGGACCCCCGAUUCGUCGGCUUCCAGGGCGACAAGUUUGACGACCUCGACUACGAGCUCCAGAACCCCACCGACCGCCGAUGGCUCGCCGUCGGCCAGGCCAUGCUUCACGAAAACUACUCUGUCGACAAGGUCCACGACCUCACCAAGAUCGACAAGUGGUUCCUCUACAAGCUCCAGAACAUUGUCGACUGCACCACCGAGCUCCAGAACGCCGGCGGCCUCCAGGCCCUUAAGAAGGACCAGAUCCUCAAGGCCAAGAAGCUUGGUUUCUCUGAUCGCCAGAUCGCCAACGCCGUCAAGGCCACCGAGGACGAGGUCCGCGCCGUCCGUCUCAGCUUCAACAUCCGCCCCUGGGUCAAGCGUAUCGACACCCUCGCUGCCGAGUUCCCCGCCGACACCAACUACCUCUACACCACCUACAACGGCUCCUCCCACGAUGUCACCUUCGAGGACAAGGGCACCAUUGUCCUCGGCAGCGGUGUCUACCGUAUCGGCUCCUCCGUCGAGUUCGACUGGUGCGCCGUCUCUGCCGUCCAGGCCCUCCGCCAGAUGGGAGAGAAGACUGUCAUGAUCAAUUAUAAUCCGGAGACGAUGUCGACUGAUUACGACUCGGCGGAUAAGCUAUAUUUCGAGGAGUUGAGCUACGAGCGUGUGAUGGAUAUUUACGAGCUGGAGAGCGCAUCGGGCGUGGUGGUGUCAGUGGGCGGCCAGCUGCCACAGAACAUUGCGCUGCGCCUGCAGGAGACGGGUGGGGCCAAGGUGCUGGGUACCGACCCGCUGGAUAUUGACAAGGCUGAGGACCGACAGAAGUUCUCGGAGAUUCUGGACAGCAUUGGCAUUGACCAGCCUGCAUGGAAGGAGCUGACUUCGGUCAAGGCGGCUGAGGAGUUUGCUGAGGAGGUUGGAUACCCCGUGUUGGUGCGACCCAGCUAUGUCUUGUCUGGUGCUGCUAUGACUGUCAUCCGUAGCCAGGAGGAUCUCAAGGACAAGCUUGAGGCUGCUGCCAAUGUUUCGCCUGACCACCCUGUUGUCAUCACCAAGUUCAUUGAGGGUGCUCAGGAGAUUGAUGUCGACGGUGUCGCCUCCAAGGGUGAGCUGAUUGUCCACGCUGUGUCUGAGCACGUCGAGCAGGCUGGUGUUCACUCUGGUGAUGCCACGCUUGUUCUGCCCCCCGUCAACCUCGAGGAGUCCGUCAAGGAGCGCUGCAAGGACAUUGCCAAGCGUGUCGCCAAGGCCUGGAACAUCACCGGCCCCUUCAACAUGCAGAUUAUCAAGGCGGAGAACCCCGAGGGCGGCGAGCCUCUGCUCAAGGUCAUUGAGUGCAACUUGCGAGCUUCUCGAUCGUUCCCCUUUGUCAGCAAGGUCCUCGGCACCAACUUCAUCGACGUUGCCACCAAGGCGCUUGUCGGCAAACAGGUUCCCGACCCUACCGAUCUCAUGAAGGUUGAGCGUGACUACGUUGCUACUAAGGUUCCCCAAUUCUCCUGGACUCGUCUUGCCGGUGCCGACCCCUUCCUCGGUGUCGAGAUGGCCUCUACUGGUGAAAUCGCCUGCUUCGGUAAGGAUCUCGUCGAAGCCUACUGGACCUCGCUUCAGUCGACCAUGAACUUCCGCAUGCCUGAGCCCGGCGAGGGUCUCCUCUUUGGUGGUGAGGUCAACGAGUCUUGGCUCACCCAGGUUGUCGACUACCUCUCCCCUCUCGGUUACAAGCUGUACGCAGCUGGCAACGACGUCAAGCAGCACAUCGAGUCUAGCUGCAAGGGCAACGUCAACGUCGAGGUCAUUGAGUUCCCUACUGAUGAUAAGCGUGCUCUCCGUGAAGUCUUCCAAAAGUACGACAUCCGCGGUGUUUUCAACCUUGCCCUUCAGCGUGGCAAGACUACUGCUGAUGUUGACUACGUCAUGCGUCGAAACGCCGUCGACUUUGGCGUGCCUCUGUUCAUGGAGCCCCAGACUGCUAUCCUGUUCGCCCAGUGCAUGAACGAGAAGCUCCCACGAAAGGAAGGCAUCCCCGCUGAGGUCAGGGCUUGGUCCAACUUCAUUGGCGGCAAGCCCCUAUAAAGGCAAUGCUGUAUAAUCACCAAGUCUCUGGCUUUGGAUAAGCCUGGGCUUACGGGAAUAAAUCUCAAAAUAUAAAAAAAGAAAAACAAUGGAUGUUAGAUGGAAUGCGAUAGGCUGCAGAUCGAUGCAGGAGCCUUGCGGCGCACUAAAAGCAAAUGGGAGAUCAAGGAAUGCCCCACGGAUGCGAAUUUGCUAGUUUCUUUUAUAAUUUCUUUGUUUAUUUAUUCAAUAUUCGGAUGCUUCACCCGCAGCUACUCUGCCCCUAGACUGCUAUUCCUGUGACGUAAAUGCCGUCAAACUCCUAAGAUUGUUUUCACUAGCAGUAAAAGACCAACUACACAUGGCCAUGUAAAACGAAAGACGAUAUGUGACGUAUUAUCGAUGCGGCGCAUGGCGCUCGUUUAGCCUGAAGGCAGCCAGACGUUUAGUAAGGGGCUCACCAGAAGAUGUAGAAGAUGAGGAGUGGGUGGAGGAAGUGUGCGAGGAGGAGGAGAGGGUGGAAGAAAGAGCAGGUGGCGCGGGAGGGGAGCUAGGUAUCGGGUCUUCGCGACGGCGUUUGGGGAUUCGCUCACCAGUCGAUUGGAGAAUGGCUUGAAGAUUUUGCCAUCCCUCCGAGGAACGCAGCUGGAACGAGUCGGAUAGAUCGUGUGUGCUGGCAACGCGGCAGAGCAGCGCCUCCUCGUCCUGUGUAAGACAUCAUGAUUAGUACCAGAAGGCGUUGAUACGACAGUUCUACUUACUUUGGACAAGAUGCUCAUUUGGUGGAUAAAGCAUAGGAGAUGGAAAUUCGAGACUUCCUCGCCGUUUUUGCUGGGCUUGAGCCCCCGGGCCAACUUGAGGGACUUGGCAAGCGCAGAGGGCUCCUGGCUUUCACCAAUGUAUUCGCGGUUCUCAAUAGGGAAUCCUGUUUGUGUAAAGACAGGCUUGGGAUCGGCCGGGAAGCCGUGAGUUAGGGUGACGAAAAGGUAUUCAAUAGGGAAAGCCGGCUUGGCAUUUUCCUGCACAUUGGCGCCGUACUCGUUCUUUCGGCGGUAGAAGACUUCAGGGAUAUAUCUUGUGCGGCUUGUGGAACCGUCAUCUUCCUCUUCUUCACGAACAAGCAUCUGUGUGGGGUCUGCUGAAGGCUCAACAAUGUCAGCGCGGACCAUCUCGACAGCGUCAUUUGAGGCCUGGUAUGCUGAGAUGGCAAUCUCGCCCUGUUCGUUUCCAGAAAUGAUGCAGGUGACAAAGUUGGAGCCAAAUCGGCCAGUGUCGCUCCAUUUUGUUGGCUUGGGAUAUUGCGCUUGAAGCCUGGCAGCAAAGCAAGUCUCAAGCGACGAAAGAAAGUAUGAGUCGGCAUGGCGCCUACACACAACGGAGCCGUCUCCAUUGCCAGAGUCGAGCAAAUCUGUCCAGAUCACGCCCACGGGCUCUAGCCCACAGAGCUUGGCCACGGCAUCAACAUCCUUUUGGUUCUCCCACGCAUUCAGAGUAAUUCCGUCAAUCUCAUCUACCUGAGGAGGCUCAUAAAUAGCCUCUACGACGGCUUUGACACCGAGGGGAACCUCAGUGUACUCUGCAUAUGCGCCGUACAGAUAGCCUAGACGUUGAGAUCCCGUCUUUCGCCAUGUGUUAAUAAAGCCGUCAAUGACAUCGGGCGAGGAGAAUUCGACAUGGUCCACCAUACGAAAUGGCUGUGGGUUCAAAGUGAUGGCACUUGGCUGACACUUUGUGCAAAUACCCUCUGGCCACUGCGGAUGGCCAGACGGACAGUCUCGCUUGACUCUGUAGUAUGCUUCAUUUAAGGGAGGGAUAUAGGAGCUGCCUAGCUCGGGUCGGUUUGUGGCGGCGUUGAUUUUGCGGAGAUGGGAGUGGAAUGACUGGUACUUGAUCUUCUUCUCGGCGAGAUAGGCUGGGUCAAAGGGGUCCAUGGGCUGACAGUUGUCGCACAUGCCCUUGGGACCAUGUCGGCACAUUCUAUCCUUGGGUCUGGGGAUCUUGCCGUCGAGCUUGUCUAGUCGGUCGUCCAACGCAGACUGCUUAACAACUUCCCAUGGCUUGGAUAUCCUCUCGGGGCGGGGGUCGAUCGGGAGGUCUUCGGCAGGGAGGACUGGCUUUCCAUUUAGUCUUGCAGAUGUUGUCGUAGGGGCGUUGUCUCCAUCUCCGGAAUCGGAUUUGUGUUUGUAGCUAAUAAAGAUGAGGUCGCCGUGCCUGGUGAUAGUGUUGUUAGCUUGGCAGCAAAUGACAUUCCGAUAGAACCACAACUUACUUAAGUCCAAUUUGGCCAAUCUUGAAGUUGAUAAUGUCUCCCAGUCGCUUAGAAUCACCACCAUGGGGAGCAUUGGACAUGGCUAUUGUUUUGGGAUCGACUGUCUUGGGAAGAUGCUCUAGAAGCUGUGACAGCAUGCCGAUCAGUAUAACACUCUGUUCCAGGGAGGGAUCAUGGGAGCUUCGCUCCCCGUCUAAUUCAAAACACUUACCAUUUCACCCAUCUGACCAAAGGUUGUGCUAGACUCUACGGUCAGACGGAUCAUGCCGUCUGGCCCGCGCAAGCGCAGCAACAUGACGGGCGGUGUUGGUGAUGAUGAAUCGGGUGUGGAGGGGCAGCCCGCAGCAGGAGUAUUGUAGACGGAUGGAUUAAACGGGUAUCUCGUGUAUUUAUUGAUGCAAGCUAUCCCGUGAUGCUGCCGUCAGUGAUUGAAUAGUGCACGCCGUCAAAAGCAGAUUGUGAUCGAAGGAUGAAGUGACGAAGGCGUGGGUGGUCGUGGUGGCGUUUGCAAGCUCCGAUUUGCUUAGCUGAGAAAGGCAGGGCUGCACUGCACCGCAUUCCGUCAUUGGCGUGGGUGCCUACCCGCCUGGGGCGAGUCGCAGUUGGGUGGCCACAGAAGCCGGGAGAACAUUCGG